AUGGCCCUAAAAGGUGAUAGUGUUGGGAUUAGCCCACUCCUCUCACUCCCUUUCUCAUCCGCGCAUCCCCACCGCACUCAUGCGCAGCCCACUGCUCUCACUCCCCUUCUCAUCCGCGCAUCCCCACCGCACUUAUGCGCCGCCCACUCCUCUCACUCUCCUUCUCAUCCGCGCAUCCCCACCGCACUCAUGCGCAGCCCACUCCUCUCACUCCCUUUCUCAUCCGCGCAUCCCCACCGCACUCAUGCGCAGCCCACUCCUCUCACUCCCCUUCUCAUCCGCGCAUCCCCACCGCACUCAUGCGCAGCCCACUCCUCACACUCCCCUUUUCAUCUGCGCAUCCCCACCACACUCAUGCGCAUCCCACUCCUCUCACUCCCCUUCUCAUCCCGCAUCCCCACUGCACUCAUGCGCAGCCCACUCCUCACACUCCCCUUCUCAUCCGCGCAUCCCACUCCUCUCACUCCCCUUCUCAUCCUGCAUCCCCACCGCACUCAUGCGCAGCCCACUCCUCUCACUCCCUUUCUCAUCCGCGCAUCCCCCCCGCACUCAUGCGCAGCCCACUCCUCUCACCCCCCGUGUCAUCCGCGCAUCCCCAUCGCACUCAUGCUCAGCCCACUCAUCUCACUCCCCUUCUCAUCGGCGCAUCCCCGUUGCACUCAUGCGCAUCCUACCCUUCCCACCCCCAUACGCAUCCGCGCAUCCAACGCGCAUACCUUGAUGGCGUUUAACGGAAUCUCUGCUGCCCAUGAUUUUGCUUUAGUCUCCGUGAUCCAUGCGUAG